UCCGUCCCUUCUUCUUCCAGCGGAGCCUCACCUGCUCCGUUGGCUCUCUGGAAUUCCCGGAGAAGGAAAAAAGGAAAAGAGGAAGAAGGUCUCGCCGUCGUCCUCGCUCGGUCAUGGCGAUGGCGCCCACCACCCUCGCCGCCUCCCCUUCCCUGCCCUGCUGCUCUCUCCAGCUCCACCUCGUCCGCCGCCCCGCCCUCCUCCUCUCGCCCCCACACCUCCGCCUCCGUCUCCGCCUCCCCGUCCGAGCUUCCCCUUCGCCUGACCCCUCGCCCGAAUCCUUCGCCGGCUGGUCGGACGGGGAAGAAGAAGACAAGGAUGCUGCUCCAGGACCAUUUCGAGGGCUUCUAGGACCUGGCCUUGCCGGACUCUUCUUCCUUGCUGGUAUCACCUUCGCUGCAAUCUCUAUCAGAACCAACGGUUCUGCGAAUGGAUCAAGGGCACAGCUCGAAACACAGACCCAGACUGCAGCUUAUGACACUCAUAAUCAUACUCGUGAAGAAGAGGAUCAUGUCCAACAUACCCAAGUUUUGUUACCAAAUGUUAGUGAGGAUGCCACUCCUGCCAACGACGAGGAUGGUGCCAAAAAGCACCCAUUGUCUCUAGAAACAAAUCAGAUAUCGGGGGAAGCACCUGAACAUGACUCGUUGGAAAGCAGUGAUCUAGUUCCUAAUGAGAAGCACAUUGCUAGUGAUCAAGCAAGUCCACCCGAUGAUCUUAUUGCUCCAGAUGGCACUGAAUGUCUGGGACCAGCUCCUCCCAUGUCCAAUUCAGCUGAAUCUAUGGCUACUGCUUAUGACUCGUCUGACAAACUUAGUGGUGCAGACCCCUUCGAGGGAACUCCUAAACUACAAGAGACAUUAGGCUCUGAAGCAGGUUCGCCUGAAAACCGGUAUAUGGAUGAUAUGUCAACGUCAGAUGCUAUAGUGCUAGAUUCAGGUCAUGUUGUGCCUAUCACGAAAUUUUCGGACACGUCAGUCGAGGCUGCAUCUCAUCUAAAUGAAAAUGAUACCGAGCAGAAUCAUCAACUCUCUAAUGAAGACGAAAUUUCGCCACCCAGAUUGCCUGAUUAUAUAGAACAUGGGAGUGCUGACCAGAUGCUUCCAUUUGGCUCGAAUGAUUUACCCGCUGAACCAGGAAAAGUGCAUCAACCUUUGGCAUCAGAUCAAGAUGUAGGAGAAAGUCAACUAGAAAACCAAAAUGAACUAGUCAAGUCUACAGAACCAGGCAAAGCUUUCUCUUCUGCUGGAUUUCCUGCUCCGUCUCUGCUCUCUGCGGCUUUACAGGUGCCAGCUGGGCAGAUUGUUGUUCCAGCAGCAGUUGACCCAACCCAAGGAAAUGCAUUAGCUGCGCUACAAGUUCUAAAGGUGAUUGAACCUGGUGCUCAAGCUGGUGACUUGUGUACCCGACGUGAAUACGCUCGAUGGUUGGUAGUUGCAAGCAAUUGUCUUUCAAGGAACACUUACUCAAAAGUUUAUCCAGCAAUGUAUGUUGAGAAUGUGUCCGAACUUGCAUUUGAUGAUGUCACCACUGAAGAUCCUGAUUUUCCAUUUAUACAAGGAUUAGCAGAGGCCGGGUUAAUUUCUAGCAAACUUUCAAGAUCUGAUACGAACCCUGAAAAUUUUCAGAACAACCAUUACUGGUUCUACCCAGAGAGUCCCUUGUCACGUCAAGACCUUGUGAGUUGGAAGAUGGCUUUGGAUAAAAGGCGAUUACCUGAAGUUGACAAAAAUUCCUUGUACAAGACAUCUGGCUACAUAGACAUCGAUAAAAUAGAUGCAGCUGCAUGGCCUGCUUUGGCAGCUGACUUGGGUGCUGGAGACCAGAGCAUUACCGCUCUAGCAUUCGGUUUUACAAGACUUUUCCAGCCAGAUAAACCUGUGACAAAAGGACAAGCUGCCCUAGCACUUUCAACUGGUGACUCUGCUGAAGUGGUUAUGGAGGAGCUUGCUCGUAUCGAAGCAGAGAAAAUGGCUGAAGCAGCUGUAAAUGCACAUGGUGCAUUGGUUGCUCAGGUUGAGAAAGAUAUUAAUGCAAGUUUUGAAAGGGAGCUUGCAAGGGAAAGAGAAAAAAUAGAGACCCUUGAAAAACUAGCUGAAGAAGCUAGGUUUGAAUUAGAAAAGUUGAGAGCAGAAAGAGAGGAAGAAAAGAAUGCUCUGAUUAGGGGCAGAGCUGCUGUUGAAUCUGAAAUAGAAGUUCUUUCAAAAUUGAGGUCUGAAGUAGAGGAGCAGCUGCAGAGUGUGCUGAGCAAGAAGGUAGAGAUCUCCUUUGAGAAGAAUAGGAUUGACAAACUUCAAAAGGAAAUAGAGAAUGAAAACCAGGCUGCUGUGCAACUUCAGUAUGAGCUUGAAGUUGAAAGGAAGGCUUUGUCUAUGGCUAGGGCUUGGGCUGAGGAUGAAGCAAAGAAGGCCAGGGAGCAUGCCCGCGCACUUGAGGAAGCCCGGAACCAAUGGGAGCGACAAGGAAUCAAAGUCGUUGUGGAAGGAGGGCUUGAGGAUGAUGCAUCGGCUGGAGUUACAUGGGCUAAUGCCGGCAAAGAACACCCAGUUGACGAGGCAAUCAACAGGGCAGAGUCUUUGCUCGAGAAGCUGAAAUCCAUGUCUGCCGACAUGAAAGUCCGAGCUUGCCAUGCCCUGCAGAGAGUAAUGCAACAUGUGAGAUCUUUCAUAUCAAGCCUGAAGGAAAGAGCAGCUGAAGCAAGGCAAGGAUGUAUAGAUUUUGGGGCUGCUGCAGCCUCAAAGGCAAAUAAGCUGUCAUCAGAAGCACGGGCAUUUGGUUCAACCGUUGGGGACAAGUCCAAGAAGGUAGUAGAAGACUGCAAAGAGAAGUACGCACACCGAUUCAAGACUGACUAGCCCUAAAAAAGGAAUUGUCAAGUAAGCUUCAUGCGGUCAUGCCUUGUGUUUGCGUGUGUGUCUGUACCAACAAUUCAUAGCCGAAGAGAGAAGAACCGUGGCAGGAAUAAGAGUAUUUUGCAGCAGCAGGGGCACGGUAGCACCUGCUGCUGCUCCUACUUUUUGGGUGCUGUUGUAAAGAAGAAACUGGAGCUGGACAAGGUUACGUGGAAUAAGCCCCUUUUGCUUUGUAACGUGAUGAAAUCAAUGUAUGCAUACAUCAGUCUUGUUGAGUAAAUGCUGAAACAUCACAGGAAAUACCUACUAUUUAUAUAAAUGAGUAUGAUAGAUUUUCUUA